AUGUCAAGAGAAGGACUCGGAUUGCCUCGUGGGAUCGGUCAACGAGAUUACGGUGCGAUGAAUAGUACGGCGACCACAUCAGAUGGGAAUUUCGGUGGUUUCAGUCCCACUGAGUUCAUUUCACUCAGCGAGUCCAUCGCGGCCAACACGAUCUUCGUAAAGCAAAGCUGGCAAUUUCUAGAGAAAGCUAACCGCACACUCGGUACAGCAAAGGAUAAUCAGUCCCUGCGCGAUAAGAUCAAUGACAUCCAAACAGGCACGAAUCAGCGCAUCGCUACCACGACCAAGGAUUUGCAGCGGUUGACGGUUGUCGUGCGAGGUGGGGACAAGCAGCAAAAGCUGCAAGUCGAAAAGCUUACUUCUGACUUCAAGCAAGUGGUCCAAUUCUAUUCCAAGAGCCAACAGAGCAUAGCCGCUAAAAUGAAGCAGGUGUUUCUAGUAAAUGCAUCACAGGUGGAUGACUUGAUGUCUUCCUCUUCGAUCGGUGGCGACUCCAGCAUUCUGGGCACUGCCGAGCAGCAGCAGCAACUACAGAAGCAAAAGCAGCUUCAACAGAGUUUACAAUUUGAGCAGGAUAUGUUGCUCGAGCGUGAGCAACGCUUCCAGGAAAUUGAGGCAAACGUUCUCGACGUAAAUCAUAUCAUGAGAGAGCUGAGUAAUAUCACAACUCAGCAGAGCGAAGUGAUCGAUACAAUUGAAAAUUCGAUCGGACGUACAGUGGAUAAUGUAGAGAGCGGUGCAGAGGAGUUGGUGAAAGCGGCCGAAUAUCAGAACAGAUAUCGGCGCAAAGUGUUGAUCCUGCUGAUAAUCGCUGUGAUACUAGGGCUCGUUGUGACUGGCAUUAUCGUUUCAAAGCUUAAGAGCUAAGCUGUUGAACCGGUCCAAUCGCGAGAAAGCAGGAACAAAUUAUGCUCGUUAGAAGCGUUUGUUUUAUUUGUUUUUUUUUUCUUAUAUUAUAUUUCUUUUU